AUGACGGAUGAUGCCAAGCCAACUUCGGAUUUCAACCUGGAGAGUCUAGGAUACAAGCCAGAGCUCGCCCGCAACCGAUCAACAUGGCAGGUCGUGUUUAUGUGUUUUAUCCUCGCGGCCGUCCCGUAUGGCUUGUCCACGACCAUGACCUACCCGCUGACCGAGGGGGGCUCCGCAAACAUGGUCUGGGGCUGGAUUAUCGUCUCGCUCAUCAUGCUGUGUGUGGCGGGCUCCCUGGCUGAGAUUACUUCGGUCUAUCCGACUGCGGGUGGCGUCUAUUAUCAGACAUUUGCUCUGUCUCCAGAAUGGUGUCGUCGGGUCACAGCCUGGAUCUGCGGCUGGUCCUUUGUGGCGGGGAACAUCACCAUCACCUUGGCGGUGAAUUUUGCGACAGCUCUCUUUCUGGUCGAAAGCCUCAAUGUCUUCGAGUCGGAUGGGGUUGGUCUUGCGGAGAACUUUCAGGCCUAUCAGACCUACUUGAUCUUCCUGGGAAUCACCCUGGUUUGCCAUGCGAUGCCGGUCUUUGGCAAUAAAUGGCUGACUCACUUGGAGACAUUCGCUAUGUUCUGGACGCUCAUCGGUGUCACGGCCAUUGUAGUGACGAUCCUGGUCGUUGCGCAUCAUGGCAGACGACCUGCAAAAUACGUCUUCACCGAUUUCGAACCACAGGCUGGCUGGCCGGCCGGCUGGUCCUUUUGCAUCGGUCUCCUCCAAGCGGCCUAUGCUCUCUCUGCGUCUGGCAUGGUCACUUCUAUGUGCGAAGAAGUCCAGAAACCAGCCAUCCAAGUCCCCCGAGCGAUCAUCGGCGGUGUCCUGCUGAAUGCCUUCGCCGGCCUCGUCGUCUUGAUCCCGAUUGCAUUCGUCCUGCCUGACCCUUCCAUGCUCGUGCAAAUCCCCUCCGGCCAGCCCGUCCCGACCAUAUUCAAGUACGCGACCGGUAACUCCGCCGGUGCUUUCUGCCUCCUCAUCCCGUUGCUGAUUCUGGGCAUCAUCUGCGGCACUGGCUGCGUGACGGCCGCGUCCCGAUGUACCUGGGCCUUUGCGCGUGACGGCGCAAUCCCCGGCUCCAAAUGGCUGAAGCGAAUCGAUGGCCGUCUGAAUAUUCCUCUGAAUUCGAUGAUACUAGGUAUGGUGAUAGAGUUGCUGCUGGGAUUGAUCUAUUUUGGAUCGACAGCCGCGUACAAUGCAUUUUCGGGUGUUGGUGUUAUCUUUCUCACGCUCAGUUACGCCUGUCCGGUUGCGGUGUCUUUGCUGUUCUGCCGUCGCAGGCAUAUCAAACGCGGUGCUUUCGAUCUGGGUGUGCUCGGUGUCUUUUGCAAUGUAGUCUGUCUCGCAUGGUGCCUGGUGGCUAUCCCGCUCUUCUCGAUGCCUUCAUACAGCACCGUUACAUUGGAAAGCAUGAACUACGCCUCGGUGGUCUUUGUUGGCUUCAUCGCUAUUGCGGCAGUGUGGUACUGGGUAUGGGGAUAUAGGAACUAUGCGGGUCCGCCAUUGGGCGUUGAUAUUACUUCUUCCUUGUCUGAUCACGAAGAAUAG